UGUGUCCUACACUCCCUGUGGGCCAGCUUGCUCAUCAUAGACACUUACGCUCUGAAAAGUUUAACAUUUUAAUAUCUUUAUGCUGCACUAAAAGCCCGCUUCUGGCUGCAGAACCCGCUCAUCAAUUGAAACACGUGCCGGUAGCGGACAUGGCUGCGACAAGCCAGCACUACUACUACCUUGGCAUGGUAGAUGAACGAGUUGGAACCGAGAGCACAUCGUGGCAAACGAACAAAGUUGGAGGACUACCUGACUGGACUACGAGUGCCUUGCGGUCGUUACCAGAUCUGCAGUGCCCUCUGUGCAGCAGGAAUAUGUUGCUAGUGAUUCAGAUUUACAGCCCUUUGGACAAGAGUGAAUGGUACCACCGAACCAUAUACAUAUUCUGCUGCAUUAAUCCAAGCUGCUGGAACAAGCAGGAAAGCUGGAAGGUUGUCAGAAGCCAAGAACGUUCAUCACAAGCAGAGGAGACCACUGUUCCCGGUAGUUCGAAAGCCUCUCUAUCUUGUGACUGGUUGAAGGGCCAGGACGACUGGGGUGACGAAGGCGCUCAGCCUGACGAGCUGUCACCUCAAAAAACAUGUGGCAUCAACACUCAGAGCCUUGAAGCGGGCCUUGGCUCCCUCUCUGUGGCACCUGGAGGUGUUGCCUCAGCUUCCUCACCUUUGAACAGGGAAGACCCACACGAUUGCGAGAUGGAAGAAGAAGCUGCGGUCGAGCCUGAGCCGUUGCAAUCUGGUCGAGCGCUGGAAGCCAUGGAGGUCCUGAAAAGAAGGGAGCGAGACCACAAAGAAAUGCUCAGUAACUUGCAGCAACCGAGUGCGUUUAAGAGUUUUUACAUUUCUGUCGUUGAAGAGAGUGAAAUACCACCUGGUGAGACUGCGGUUGACAUCCAUGCCAGGAAGCUGUUGCAGGAGUAUGAACUGGGAGAAGGAAAUGCUUUCCGGAUUCCCAGCAGCGGACAAGGAUGCAUGACGUACGCACAGGAGUUGUACGAGAAGGCUUACCACAACGACGUUGUAUUCCACAGGUUUCAUAAACGUGUGAGACGCUAUCCCCAGCAAUUAAUGAGGUUCUGCUGGGAAGGAGAACCACUUUUUAUUUGCCCACCACCACCAUCUUGGGAGCCCAAGAACUGCGAGGCAUGCGGCGCUCGACGUUGUUUCGAACUUCAAGCCAUGCCAGCACUCAUUCCAAGCUUGAAGAUCGAAGGCGUUCGCAAACUCAGAGAUGCACCUGUAGAAUUCGGGACAGUGCUUAUCUACUCGUGUAGUGCAAGCUGCUGGAAGGAUGGAGACACCUGGCGAUCCGAAGUGGCUCUCGUUCAGCCAGAUCCAGAUGCUGUAUUCUGGCAGACUGGCACAUAGCAGAAAUAUAUGCUAUCCUAUAGCCUUUCUAAA